UUGGCGGCUGUGCUAUGCAUGGCAAUUCACGCACACAAUUAUUUGAUAAAUUUUAAGUGAAAUUUCUGUUAAACAAUAAAAAAUUUAGUGAGAAAACAAAAACAGUGAGCAAUGAGUGCAAAUGGCAGUGUAAUCACCGAUUGGAAGCGGCUGUGGCAACUUGUCUCCGGUAUACACCAUGAAACACCGGAGAGCACUGUGCGCGAAGAAUUGCUGAAUGUAUCGAAGGAACUGCAAGACGGUGUGCUGCAAUUUCGCAAGCGUACAGCCUCUAAUGUGAAAUUGGAAGAUUUGCUGAAGGAGAAGAAGCAGCAGAAGUUACUGCCAUUUACACAGAAUUUGCAAGAGUUGUUGGACUUGGAGUCGCAACAAUGCUGGGAGAUACUCUGCUACUAUCUAACCAAUGAAUAUCGCGGCUCCGCCAGCUCGCUCGCAGCACAUAUUUCAUCGGAGAGUAAUAUGAGCAAACUGCUCGAUGAUAUUUGGGGUUAUUAUACGCUUGAACGCAUGAUCGUAUUGAAAAUCGUUAAAAAUUUGCUACUCUUCUACAAAACACCCAAUCAUCCAUAUCACACGCAAUACAAAGAGAUUUUGAAUAAAAUUACAUUGCCAAAACUACGUGAUUCGUACCUUAAUCAAUUAGAGCAACUCAUUAAUGCAUAUCCACCCAAUCAGCUGGCGAACGGUGAAUUUUUCGAUUAUCACACACGUCUGAUUGUCUGGUCGGAGGGCAAUGCACGUGAAAUCAACGAAGUACUACACAUCUUGCUACUGGUUUGUGAACAUUCACCAUUCGAAUUGAAGCAUAUAGAGAAACUAUUCGACUGUUUUCGACAACACACUUUUGGCAGACAACAAAGUUAUUUGGAUCUUGCUAAGCCACUACAUAAUGAGUUAAUGACACGUUUGGCGUACUCGGAGACCAUCUUGCUGUUGAAGUGUAUCGACUUGAGCGACGCAGCCUCUGCUUUAGCGCUGAAUAUUGUCGACUCAUUGGAUCAAGAAAUCAUACGUAUGUAUCAUAAUCCCGAAAAUGGUCCACUGCUGCUGGGUUGGAUGUUGCUGAAAAUGCGCUUUACAAAAGCCAUGGAGGACGCACAAGCUUUUCUGCCGUGCCAGCUGAUGGGUAAACGUGCCAUUGACCUGCGUUGUUUUGAGUAUAUGCACAAUCUGCUAACAAGCUCCAUGUUCAAGGAUGACAGCUUGGUGUCGCGCAUAGUGCGAAAGACUGUCUACAAUAUGCUUACGCACAUGUGUAAUUUCUUCGAUGGCGAUGGCUCGUGUGCGCGUCAUUCCUACAUAUAUGAAUUACUGAGCGAACUGCUAUCGUGGCCAACGCUAGCGAAAGAGUUUUGUGCGGAUGAAGAAAAAGGCGUACGCUCCUUGUUUAAUACACUACUGGAGACUUUCCCUGUAGAUUUUGUGCAUCUAUCAAUGCUGGCGAGUGCGCUUACCAAAGCGGGCAUGUCAAAUUUUAUAAAAACGCAGGUUGAAUCACUACCUAUAUACACGGACAUAUACGACGAAAGCAGUUAUCCUCUGCGCGCUAUCAACGAAGAAGACUACAUACUCACUACCGACAUAAAGCCAUUCCCACAUUUGGACUUCAUUAUCCCAGCAAAUACAACAGCGGCGAUUAUGUCACGUCCCGAAGGUUAUUGUGUGCAUUUUCGUGUCACACUCAAUUAUUUUGUGGUUCUACAUCACGAAAUUAACUGUUUACUCGCGGAGACGGUGCAGAAUCAGGGUGAUUGGUCGCAAAAUGAACGUGUGCGUCGCAUCAAUGCAGGUCUUGAGUAUCUACAGAAUGUGCUGCAACGCACAAAGUCGCUCAGCGCAAUCAGCGCGGAAAUGGUGCAUCCCACCGAGAUGUGUAUUGAUUUGCUGAAUAAGUUUAAGGCGGUGCCGCAGCCACCUGUGCAGAUGUUGGCCAAUUGCUUGAAUGUUUGCACGAUGCUUUUGCCUCUAGUAGAUGCGGAGAUUUAUGCACGUGUCGUACAUUUGCAUAUCUUGCCAGCCAUAACUAAUGAAACGCUCGAUAAUUACAAAGAAUAUGCGCUGGGUAUCUGCUUCGAUUCGCGUGUUGUUGGCACCUAUUUGAUUGAUGUGGAGAAGAAAUUAGAGCGCUACGAUUUUUUGAUAGCCUAUAUAGGAUUUCUGCGCACGUACACUAAGCUGCAACGCAACAACUUCUUCAAAAUCGAGAUACCCGGUUUAAUAUUUUUGCUGCGCGAAGUAUUCCCACACAUGCAUGCUUGGGGCUUUCAAUCACAAACGGAGCGACACAAAAUUUAUACCGAAAUUAUGGGUUUCGUAUGCGACAUAUUGGAUACGGUCACUAGCCUCGGUGAUAAGAAUGAAAAAAUCAACACGGAAAAGCAAUUCUUGCGCGACAUCUGCAUACAUAGUUUGUCGAAUAUCGAGAAUGGCAUGGUAUUAUUGCGUUUUGUCGCGCUUGGCAAUGCCUAUCUACAACACACCAUGGAAAUGGAGUCCAAUUGGAUGAUACAGCAGUCACAUGGCGUCGUGCUGCUUGUGCGUUUAGCCAUGCGCAUACUCAUGCAAUUGCUGCGCUUGAAACCGGCCACGCAAGAGACCAGCGAUUUGUCACCACUCGAAGCCUUGAUCUACACGCAGCCCAAGCAACGUGAUACGUUGCGCAUCAUACCGGUGGUAACAAGUUAUAUGAGCAACAUCUUCGAUCGCUGGCUGCCAAUACUGUCGUGUCGGCUGCUGCGACGCAUAGCGCUUGAAUUUAAUAUGUCUUUGUUAGCGUGUCUCGAUAUGGAACCAGACCAAAUACGUUUAACCUUCCUACAGCGUUUACCCGAUGAAUUGGAGAGCGAUUCGUUGAAGGUGGCCAUAUUGGAGCUGGUGGAGGCGUGCAUCGAAAAACAGCCCGGCGUGACGGAGGCAUUUUUCAAAGUCAAUGCCACGCAAGAGAAGCGUUUCUUGGGCAAGGAGGCUGGCGUGCAAAUCGCUGACAGCAUUUUAACUUUCUUAGAAGACUAUCUAGACGCUGUGGCAAAGGACUCGCAAAUGGUCGAACAUACAUUGCCGAGUAAAAUAAUGAAUAUUUUCCAUUCGCUCUGGAAGAAUGGCAUGCAGAGUCUGGUGGAAGAGCUCACGAAACGUCCGAAAUUUUGGACACAACUUUGCAAUCCGCUAUUCAGCACAUUGGGCAAAAAUGCGCGUGUCUACACGCAGCUGCUGAAUAUACUCUCCAUUGAAAUAUUCUCCACGCCACCUAAUGGUAACAGUGAAUUAAAGCAAGUUGUUUCGCGCUUCUUCGAGGCGUCGAAUUUUAAUAAGUGGCUUAAUUAUGUAUUUGACAUGCCGAAAACGCCCGCCGCAGAUCCGUAUUGCGCUGUAGAGCUGUUUACCGAAGACGUGCCCGAGUGGCUGUGUCGUCUGGCUGCUUUCAAGAGUUUUCUAAUAAUACUGCUGAAGAAGCAACCGCAAUUUGUUGAAGUGCCAUCCAAACAAUUGAAGAAGCUGGCCGAACAAACGCUUGUCACGCUCGUGGAUCGCGCUGAAUUCAUCGAAGAUUUGCGUCCAUUUAUCGUGCUCAGCGAACUGUAUCUCUUUGUGUUGCUCAGCUUCAAACUCUCGUACACAGACAGCCCCGAAGAGGAUGUGGAAAUGUUGAAACAGGUUAUUAAGCUGCUCAGUCGCCUCUCCUCAUGCUAUGAAGAUUUGCAUUUGCGCGCCAAAGAGGCGUGUCUCGCUUUUACUAUUAAAUGCGCCGACUUGCUGGCUGCUGAGUUGCUGAAUGACUCGGACGCCGCGUUGAAUUUCCUCUACUCGGUCGUAAGCAUUAUUUGCUCGGAGUUGCAAACUUUGGAAAAUAGCGCACGUGUAGAGAAGCAAGCCAAGCAGGAGCUGGAGAAUCUGCAGCAGACUUCAUCCAACUCACUCGUAUUGAGUUUCAAUCUACUCAAAACGGUGGCGAGCAUAUUUCACGAUGCCGGUCCCGGCAACUGGGAUUUGCCAUUCAUUGUCAAUAAAGUAUUCCAACGCUUGCUGAGCUGCGCCAGCUCCAUACUACAGCUGCAUAGCAAGCAAAAGCUCUCAGUCGAGCUGCUGGAUGUGCUUAUUGUCUUUGCGAAAGGCAAUUGCUCGGCGGAAUUCUUGCAUUGCGAUGUCGGCGACUAUUUGUGGCUGAAAUUGUUGCCACCAAAGGAGCUGUUGCAGUCCAAUUUCGCUGUGCUCGGUCAAACGAAGACAGAGGAGCAUGGCUGGACGGUGGAGAAAUGGUGGCCCAUCUAUACGCGUGGCAUUACCUUGGUCACUAUCUUGUUCGAGAAACACAAGCAUUACUUUGUGAAACACGCUUUGCAAUUUGUGGGCAUUCAUGAGGUAUAUUUGGUGGACUCAUUGCUGUUGGCCAAGCAGACUCUCGAACCGGCAGCGAUGGAGCUGAUCAAGAGUUCGGUUACUUUAGUGUCGAAUUUGGUGGAGUUCGAGACGCUGUGGCGUUUGGAACACUCGCAGUCGUUAUUCAAUUUGAUGCGUGCUGUACAAGUGCUCAUGGGUCAUGCCAUUUCAAUGUUUCACCAACCGAAGAAUCUGAAAUGUCUCAUAGCCGGACGCAACUUGCAAUUGGACAUACUAUCAGAUAUUGAGCGACCGGGUUUCACUGACGAAGUCAUCAGCGCCUUCAACAAUCUCAUUGAAAUCAUCACGCUGAGCGUGCAAUGCCUACAACGCUUCAGUCCCAAGCUGCUGGACUUGAUAUGCGCACCCGAAUUUUUGGUCAGCAAAUGGGAACCGAUUUUCGAAAUACAUUUUGGCGCGCCCAAAUUGAACGAGACCGCCAUAACGCUGACAUUUGGCACAGUACUGAGCAUUGUUGGUGUUUUUACGAAAGUACUCAACCUGCAAGGUCAUGGCUUCCACGAAGUGCCGCUCAACGUAUUACCCACCAGCAGGGAUGGCGCCAACACGCCACAAGCUAGCGGUACAACCGCGCUGGCACGCUCCCAGCGACAAUUCUCGAAAUCUGUCUCCAUUACAUCCGUUUCCUCAGCGAAUUGCCCACCUAACGAGCUGCUCACCAAUCUGGAUGGUGAACUCUGCCUGCUCGCACUCGAGCAUGUGCUAAUGCUGGCCGCCUCGCAAAGCAUGUUGGCGCUGAAAAAUCCCUACUUGCCGGCGCGCGAAAAACAAAUAGUGCGACGUGAGAUUAGCACCGAACUCUUGACAUUCCACGAAUUCGUGCGCAAGAAGGUGCUAAUCGAUCAUCGUGAGCACCGCGAAAUGUGGUACCGCCGCAAGCAUGGCUUGGUGUUUAUGGAAUUGAGCGGUACACCUGCUGGCAGCGCAACGGCAAGCAGUUCAGCAACAACAGCAACACGUCUGUCACCGACGCAGUCGGGUGCACGUCGCCACUCCAACGAUUUGCGUGUGAAUGUGGUGCGUCGUUUGCAUUUGCAACAAGAGCACAGUCGUCAGCACCACCAACAGACGCCCGCCGGCACAGCCUUCGAUAUGUCGCGUGUGAUUAGUCCGAUUGGCGCUGGUGGGCACGCGCAGCAGCAGCAGCAGCAGCAGCAGCAGCAGCAAACAGCGGUGUCUUCCACACCGCAGCUGCCACGUCCACCGCUGCGGCGUCAGGGCGAUCCCACAUCGUUGGGCAGUGAGGUUAAACGGAGCAGCGCCAGCAGAGAUGAAAUUGUUAAUGUUCAAGACGAUGAUGAGGUGGAAGUGCUGGAGGAAAUUCAAUAUUUUCCUCCUGAGGAGCCCAGCUACACGCCACUCUCCUAUGUGCAACUGGUGGAGGAGGAUUAUUUGCAUUUAAUGUCCAAUCUCUUUACGGUCAUCUGCCAAAGCGAUUAAAGGACAAUGCUUGGAAGUGUGAUUAUAUCGCAUGCUGCCUAUUUUCGGCGCUGCAGUUGGUUGUUACAACAAGCAGAAAUUAUUUAUAAGUACAAUUCUAAGUGUGUGUUUUUUUUUUUUUUAUAUAA